CGAACGCGUGCAGAUUGUGAUCAUGGCGGAGAAUAUCAACAUCGUGGUCGAGUUCACCGGCGGCCUCGAACUUCUAUUUUCCGAUCAACGGCAACACAAAAUCUCGUUACCAGCAAAAGACCCGAAAGGCGAAGCUACGAGUGUAGCGUAUCUGAUCAAAUGGCUAUGCGACAAUCUCAUGAAAGACCCGAGGAAAGACAUGUUCGUACUUGAUGAUACAGUACGACCUGGCAUUCUUGUCUUGAUCAACGAUGCGGAUUGGGAAUUGGAGGGCGAGGACAAGUACGAGCUUCAGAAUGGCGACAACAUUAUAUUCGUCUCGACUUUGCACGGCGGAUAAAGAUGGAAUCUCGCAACGCGGGAUGGCGAACCAAACAGACCACUCGGCGUUUGGACUUUUGGUCGUUCUGGAGCGGCGAAAGCCCAGCCCAGCGGAAAAGGGGCAGGGCUCUGUCGGGAAACCGUCCGAGAAGUCGCCCGAUUCUUCCGAGUGCAGUCUCAUGUCGAGCUGCAUCCCCCACUCUGUCCCUGGACGUAUAUCCACAAACCAGAGCCAUGUCUGAGGGUGCGCUGGAGGAAGGAGCCGGCGGGCGAGCUGAAUGAAAUCCAUGAGGAGGGGCUGCCCAGCGCGUCGUAGCAUUGGGAUCAUCACGUUUCUUGUUCCUCCGGCUGUCAAUUCGUGCAGGAAUAGACUUCGAUCGUCCCUCACAGAGGAGGAUGUUAC